GCAGCAUCGCAUCGGUCAAGGCCAUUCUGCCUCUCGCAACGGGAAGGCGGUAAUGGCGCCAGUGGGUCUCGGAGGCGGCGUCCACAACCUUUAUCCCGUGACAGACAUAUGUCCCUUGCCUUCCCUUCCCUUCCCUCGCUCCUCGCUCCCCUUCCCUUGAAUCCCAUCCACCUGGCUUAUUACUACUAUGGCUUACUUUACACUUUACACUUUACACUUUACACCUCUUAUUUCACCCUUCACUCCCCCCUCCCUCGCCGAGUUUCUAAAUAUACCCCAAGUACACCCAGAUUCAACCCACCACUCAGAUCCCUUCUUUCUCGCCUUCCUCAUGUAAUUAUCCUUUCCCCCAAGCUUCACUAACUUUCACUAACUUUCACUAAUUCGACAUAAAUAUCCAUUCGAGUCAUUUAUGCUCGCCUAUCUCCGAAUUUGCGUCCAUUACGACUCACAUUUAUCACAUUCUUCUCCGAUUGCCCCUCAUGUGAAGAGAAUCCAUCCAUUCACAGCCUUCAAAAUCCUUUCUUCAUUAAUAACACAAUCUUUCAUUAUUUCUCACCCCUCGCCCACGAUGCCACGGUCGCUCCCAAGAGAGUCGUAUCGCGGAAUAAUCUAUCAUGCAAAACAUCCACUUCUGCUAGUAUCAAUGCCCUCGGUUUGAUGUGCACACUCGAAGACGAGAGUCUAGAGUCGAGAGUCGAGAGUCGAGAGCCGAGAGUCUAAAGUCUAAAGUCUAAAGUCCAAAGUCCAAAGUCUAAAGCCGACGACGAAGAGUACCACUCACAAUUGCCCACCAUCACCACUGCUCACCACUGCUCACUACUGCUCACUACUGCUCGCUCAUGUCAUACACGUCGGAAAGAUAAAGGAAUCAGCCUUGAAUGCUCUCCAUACAGACAUACAUGCAUGCACACCUACGUACACCACACGCACACACAUACAUUCUCAAUAUACCUCCUCCGCACAUCUUGCAGAUUGCCCAAAAGUCCACGUGGUAGUGGUACUGGAGCUGCCGAGCUGCCUUAUAUGUGAACUUAUCUCAAGGUUCCCACUCCUCGUUGGGUCAUCGCUCGCUCGCCUUGCGCCUACAUACCAAAAAAGGAUAUCCUUACAUUUGUAGGCGAGGAGAGAAUACUAUUAUGUACGCAAAUGAUUGAUCCAACAAACUUCUCAUUUGGAUCAUGUAUGUUUAUCCUUAUUAUAUGAAGAAGAUCUCAUCAUCCGUUGCUUCCUUUUGUUUUUGUUUUUGAAUUUUUAUCCAUUAUACCCUUUUCGUGUUUCACCUUUUUUUUUGGCCAUUACAUUUGUGAUAUAAACUCGUGAUACCCCAUCCAAUUUCGACCUCAACCUGGACUACGACUCAGGCUACGAACAUUGACACCGACAUCGACAGCGAUAUCGAUUGGUAACCCUUCAGCAUUCAGAUUUGAGCGGAUUUUGGCAAGAUGCCUUCCAGAAUAUCUUCUCGUGUCAUCGGAAUUGACGUUGGAGGAACCAAUACAGAUGCAGUUAUUUUACAAAAUGAUAAUGUAUUGGCAUGGCAUAAAACACCAACAACACCAGAUAUUCAAGACGGUGUUGAACAAGCAAUUGCUGCUGUCAUAAAAAAUGCUCAAAUUUCUAAAGACAGCAUAGAUUUCAUCAAGAUCGGGACGACACAAUUCGUGAAUGCAGUCCUCGAACAGAACGCUACCAAAUUAGAUAAAGUGGCCGUCAUAAGGUUAUGCGGUCCUUACUCAAGGGGCUCACCACCAUUUGUUGGUUUCCCUGAAUCAUUAAGAAAAUUAAUGGAAGGCCACUAUGGCUAUGUCGAUGGUGGCCUACAAGUUGACGGAACCCCAAUCUCCGAAGUAAACGUUCAACAACUCAGGGAACAAGCUUCAAUUAUCAGAUCAAAAUCAAUAUCGAGUGUUGUGGUCAUUGGAAUAUACUCUCCAUCCAACCCAGCUCAAGAAGAGUUUGCUCGACAAAUCCUUGCCGAAGAAUUAGGCUCGGAGUAUGAUAUAUCAUGUUCAUAUACCAUUGGAAGAAUAGGAUUCCUUGAGCGUGAGAAUGCUAGCAUAUUAAAUGCAAGUUUAAGACGAUUUGCCCGUCAUGUCAUUGCCGGGUUUGCCCAUGCGGUUCAUGACCUUAAGAAUGCGAGCUUAUAUAUUACAUUAAAUGACGGAACUUUGAGUAAAGCAUCGAUAGCUGCAGAGCAUCCAGUGAGAUGUUUUUCUUCCGGUCCAACGAAUAGUGCAAGGGGGGCUGCACUUCUUGCAAAGAAUGAGUGUAUGGAUCUUGAGGGCGAUAACGAAGUUUUAGUGGUGGAUGUUGGAGGCACUACCACUGAUAUUUGCGCCCUUCUCAAAUCCGGUUACCCAAGACAAUCUGCCGCCUUUGUGAAAAUUGCAGGGGUUAGGACCAAUUUCACGAUUCCAGAUGUUUAUAGUAUUGCAUUAGGUGGAGGGUCACUCAUACGUACAACAUCGACAGGGAAAACGACAGUUGGCCCAGAUUCUGUUGGACCGAAACUAGAGAUGGAGAGUAUCGCAUUCGGCGGACAAACCUUGACUGCUACUGAUCUUGUAUUAUCGAACGAGAGAACCGAUAUCAUCCCGGACGAACUUAGAAUUGGUGGACACUCGGAAAUUCAACGAGCUUUGGAAGAUGCGAUUGACCAAGUAAAAACAAAACAAGGAUACGCUAGCGUCAUUCUUGUAGGCGGAGGCAGUAUUAUUGUAGGGAAAGAUAUUGCCGGAGUGGGAGAAGUAAUCAGACCAAAGUACUUGGAAGUCGCAAAUGCAGUUGGGGCUGCUAUUGGAAAGAUUAGUGGGCAUGUUGAUACUGUCGUUACACCCGGAGAAAAGACCAUAGAAGAAGAGAUCGAGGAGGCAAAACUACUGGCAAUUCGAAGAUGUAUUGCUGCAGGCGGCGACGAAAAAACUAUCGAAGUUGUGGAAGUCGAUACACUACCUAUUAAUUACGUUACAAAUGGAUCUACGCAGUUGGUCGUACGAGUGGUUGGCGAUUUACGCAACACUGGAGAAAAGGUUCGAGAUAUGGAGACGAUGCCAAUAUCGAUGUCGACAUUCAAGCCUAGGAGAGCAGAUUCCGGAUAUAGUGCAAGUGGCUUGGAUAGUCCCGUGGAUACGAAAGCUUCAACCUACAACAUUCUUGAACAUGUUGAUCUAGAAUCCUAUCGUCCACGCAUCGAAGGUGAUAUAUGGCAUCUUUCGGAAAUCGAUCUCAAGUUCCUGAUGGAUGGUACUGGAAUAUUGGGCGUGGGAAGUUGUGGAGAACCAUAUCCAAGUUAUAUUGCUUGUUUAAUUGCAUUGGAGAGUGGUGAAGGGCUGAGGAUUAGAAGACAAGAUACCAUUCCUGAUGAUGCAUUAAUCAUGUCGGCAGGAUUUAUGGGUUCACCAACUGUAUACCUGGAACGUAUACCUGGUUUGAACGAAAUUACCGACACAGUCAAAGCUCUCAUGUCAGCCACAGGACAUACCUCAUUCGAUGCGACGAUACCUAACGAAAUCGGUGGUAUGAAUUCUUUUGAAGCCCUUCUCACUGCCCAUCGAUUCGGAAAACCUACUCUCGACAGCGAUUGUGUAUCACGAGCAUAUCCUAUGGUUUGGCAGACAGUACGAUGUUUAAAUGGGGUUCCAGUUACUCCAGCUGCUGUUGCCAAUGGAUGUGGAGGAACCGAAGUCUUUGUAAAUUCAAAGGAUGCCGAAGAAGCCGAACUUCUCAUGCGGGAUGCAUGCACAAAACAAGGUUCAUUGUCAGGAAUGGUAGUUAAUCCAAUACGUGGCAAUGAAGCAAGAACACUUCCUUCGAAUAGUUAUUCAUGGGCAUGGCAAAUCGGUCGUUCAAUCGCAAUCGCUCGCUCCAAGAAAGUCGAUCCAGUCAAAGAUCUUAUGCGAACACAAAACGGAACAUUGUUAUUCUCUGGUAAAAUCGUAAGUGUUACACGAAAGGUAGCAGAAGGUUUUACUCGAGGUAGUGUCUUACUGGAUCAUAUUACUUCUUCUACAUCAACCACAUCUACUAGCGAAAAAAUCACAUCAUCAUUAUAUGUCGAAUUCGAAAACGAAAACCUUUGCGCCGUUUUGAAGACACCCGGGGAAGAAGACCAGGUUUUGGCAGUCUGUCCGGAUUUAAUCGUGGUUCUAGAUAUGGCGAAUGGAGCACCAUUAGGAAUAUCAGAUUAUAAAUAUGGACUUCGAGUAAGCGUCAUCGCAUUAAAAGCACCAGAGGUCUGGACCACGGAAGAAGGAUUGAAAAUGGGAGGACCAAGAGCUUUUGGUUUGGAUAUGGAUUAUGUUGGUGUUUGUGCGGAAAGUCAAUAUGAAGCUCCCAAAAGUGUUUGGGAACUUUUUGGGGAUGAGGUGGAGAGUAAAUGUUGAGGUAAUCGGGGUUGAUUUGGGGGGAGAGAAAAAGAGAGAGAGAGAGUGUGUGUGUAUAUAUGGAAGGAGAAGGAGGGUGGAAAUGCGGACUGAAGUAAUCGAAGGAAUGGACUGGGGAUUGAAAGAUUUGAGGCGAUGUAAUUACAGAGAUAUACCUAUUUGUUUUUGUUAUUUUCCUUGCAAUAGUUAUGCACAAAUGGAAACAUUUUGAUUCAUUUCAGAUUUUUUUAUUCUUAGUUUUUUAUUGUGAAAUACAUAUUUCUUGGGGUGAAGAAGGUAUUUAUUUUACA